AUGUUUUACGAAUUCAUUUAUCUCUACCUAUUGCAUGAUUCUGUCCAGAGUACCUUUAAGAGUUAUCAUGAGGAGCCAUGUCACGGAAAUGUAAUCAGGAAUAUACUCUCCGCCAUUAUUGUGCGAGACGAAAUUCAUACAGGAAGGAAACUAUGUUUAUUGAAGGCCACUGAAGGAUCACAGGAAUAUCCGUUCUGUAACAAUAAUAAGACAGAUAAAUUACACUUGAAACAUAUCCAACAUGUAAUCUUUCCAGAGCAAGUCAAUAAGCAAGGCCGAAUAAAUCUACUAGAAGACAUCGUAUUACCGACUCCGAUGCCAGUAAGCCGAAAGAGGGGCACAUUCGAGAAUGUUAUCAUGCCAAGUAGACUCAUGAAUGAAUCUGAAUGGAGCAGAUGCCGGCGAAGGCUGUUAGGGGAAGUGUCACAGGACGUGAGAAAUGGAAAGAAGAAACUUCAGAGAUAUCCAAACAGAAUAAGAGGAACAUUGAAGUCAUUGCAAGGUAAUAUAUUAAAAAGGCGUCUUAUGAAGCAAAUAAAGUUAAAAGAAUGGGAUAAGACCUUCUUGAACACGGAAUUCAGAAUUGAUUACAUAUUAAAAGAGUUAGAGACACAUUCGCCGACUCAUAUGUUAUUAGCCUUAACCAUGGUAGAAGAAUUAGGAAAUAUUAUAGUAGGGAAUACUCUAGUCAAUAACUCCCAGGUGGCAGCUUCGGAAAGCAUUCUACUUACUCAUAAAUCCAUACGGAAGGGACAAUUUAGUCACUUGAGGAUACUGUUGUUUCAUCUACUCAGCCAUACUCCUUAUUUAGAGAGUAAUGUGUCUAUACAUAAAGCCAAAUAUUUAAAUGAAAUUACGGUAGACAAUACAUGGAUCCUACUGGCAACAAAGUAUCUAGUGCCAGCGGUUGAGACACAGCAAAAUUACGUAUAUGCCAAUAGAGACAGUUCAACUAAGGAGGGUAAUGAAGUAGGGCUUCACACGGAAUUAAUACAGAAAGCUAAUCUCGAAAAUGAAGUUCAUGUUAAGGACAUGUUCGAUGGAAAACAAAGAGCUGAUGAUCCAAAGCAUGAUUCUCUAACAGUCAGACAGAGUGCAGUAACGACACGGAAGAAUUCGGGAGGCGAUAAUUCUUUGAAAUCACAUUACGGCUUGUCUAAGAAGAAAUUAUCACGGAAACAUAGGUGUUUGAGCUCAGUUGAAGCUGACACUAGAGAAACAGGGUCGGAAAGAAGUCAUUCCUUGAGCAUAAUUGAUCCAAUUCCCGAGGAACAACUGUUCGAAGAAAACAAUUCCUUGAGAACAGUCGGAACAAUCACGAAAAAGGAGAUCUCAGCAAAGGUUAAUAAUACAACCCAAAUUCAG